AUCAACUGCAUUCAUAAUGAGCGUGGCGCUCUCGCAUUCAUUCGGGACGAAUCUGAGAGCGUUUGAUUGAGGGUGCAGGAUGUUUGAGCUCAGCGGGACGCUGCGUUUCCAUUGUUUUGCUCGUCGGUUUGUGGGAUGGUUAUUCUCGGAGGCGCACGACGGUAAAAGUCAUGUGAUUUUUUUGCCUGUGUUGUGUGCUUCGUGACAUUGCAGCUGCUGCUUUAGACUAAUGAGUACUUCUUUGGAUUUGAAGCUUGCAGGUGCUUGUGGAAAUCUGUGUUUUUAAUUGAAAAUUGCUUUUUUUUCCCACUUAAAGCUGUUUUCGAAAUUCUUACUUGACAUAAAUAACCUUUCCUCCCAAUAUCAGGUGCAUCUGAGCCUUCGUGUUUCUCUCCACCCAUGCAAAGAUGUAUUUUCUUAAGCCAAACGUGAAUGUUUUUCACCCAAAAAAUAUUGUGUUGAUUUAUAUUUAAUACUGUGUUUUGGUUAAGUGUGAUGCUUUACGGCCUUCUAUCUCUCUUUUUCUCUCCUUUAUGCUUUUGGUAAAACUACUGAAUGCACAGGUAUAAUCUCGCACGUUUCUGCUCUGCUGCCUGAUAUGGAUGCAUCGGCUCUGUUUCUAUUUCCCCUUUUUGCUGAUGAAACUGUCUUUGCAGCUCUUAAUGAAUGACGAAUUCCUCUCCUGUUUCACUUCCUGUCCCGGAUCAGGAGGUCUGCUGUGUGUAGACUGAUGGAUGAGAGAUGGCUGAUGCUCUACUGACAUGUAUGUGUGUCUCUUCAGUGAUUUAGACAGAGACUUUUGGAAUAACAAUGACAGCAGUUCAGUACAGCAGCGCUGGAGCUCAUACCCGCCUAAGGAGUUUGUACUAAACAUUUCUCCCUAUGCCCCUUACGGAGAUCCACGCCUCACACUCAAUGGGAUGGUGCCCGGGGGCCAGAAAGGGGCCGCGGGGGGUGGAUUGGGGGAAGGAGGGGGGUCGUCGCACAGUGACAGCGUGAGGAGCAUGAUGACGGGGGGCAUUAAAGCCGGCAGGUGGCAGACAGUACAAAGCCGCCUGCAUUCAGGAGACUUCAAGAACGGCAAUUUGUCCGACCACGCACUUUCCUCGGUAGAGACUUUGGACAACAUCCCAUCGAUGGGGGCAACACCUCGGCCCCGAACGUUGCUGCGUCAGCAGAGCCUCCAGCAACCCUUGAUCCAGGCUCCAGCCCCAAGUUUGGCCAGCGGGCCGCCCAUCUCCCAGAGUCUGGGUCAGCUGCACACCCACCCGGGUAGUGGAGGGGGUGGAGGUGCGGGUCCUGGGGGAGGGGGCGGGGCCGGCUCAAGGAGCUCCAGGGGCGGCCCAGCAGGUGGCGGAGCUUCACGUUAUAGGCCAGGAGGUGCCGGGGGGCAGGCUUCUGGUGGGAACCCUGGCAGUGUGGAUCACAUGAUGGGUCAGAUGAAGAAACGGGGCCUGGACGUUAAAUCCUUCCUGGAAGGAAAAAUGGUGGUUCUCUCUCUUGCGAUUGGAUUGGCCGAGCAGGAUGACUUUGCCAAUCUGCCAGACCUACAGGAAGUACCGACCAGUCAAGAAACCCCUCCUGACAAGAGUAGGAAUAUGGGGAAUAAGCCAGUUAACAGUCCUAAGGGUCACCCGCCAGACGCCGACGGCCAUUCCUCAGUGUCUGACCUUGCCAACUCGCUCACUGGAGACAUGGUGAUGUUGUCUCCGGGGUCAGAAGACGACGACCACGAGGGCCCCGUGAGUGAGAAACUGGGCAGGAUUCAGUUCAGCUUGGGCUACAGCUUCCAGGACACGACUCUGACGGUCAAGAUACUCAAAGGUCAAGACCUGCCCGCUAAAGACUUCUCUGGGACGUCCGACCCUUUCGUCAAAAUCUACCUGCUGCCUGACAGAAAGCACAAACUCGAGACCAAAAUCAAGAGGAAAAACCUCAACCCUCACUGGAACGAAACCUUCCUGUUUGAAGGGUUCCCGUAUGAGAAGGUGCGGGAGCGAACGCUGUACCUCCAGGUGCUGGAUUACGAUCGGUUCAGCCGUAACGACCCGAUCGGAGAGGUCUCGAUUCCUCUGAAUAAAGUGGAGCUGGGACAGCUGAAGACGUUCUGGAAGGAUCUCAAACCCUGCAGUGAUGGCAGCGGAAGUCGUGGAGAUCUGCUGUUGUCUCUGUGUUAUAACCCCACUGCCAACACCAUCACUGUUAACAUCAUAAAAGCUCGCAACCUCAAAGCCAUGGACAUCGGGGGCGCCUCAGACCCGUAUGUGAAAGUAUGGCUGAUGCACAAAGACAAGCGAGUGGAGAAGAAGAAGACAGUCACCAUCAAACGCUGCCUGAACCCCGUCUUUAACGAGUCCUUCCCUUUCGACGUGCCCGCACAUGUUCUCCGAGAGACCACCAUCAUCAUCACCGUCAUGGACAAGGAUCGACUGAGCCGCAAUGAUGUCAUUGGAAAGAUCUACUUGUCAUGGAAGAGCGGUCCUGCCGAGGUCAAACACUGGAAGGAUAUGUUGAGCCGGCCACGCACGAACGUGGCACAGUGGCACACCCUUAAAGCCUGAUUCGCCCUCUCCAUUGACCACCCCUUCCCUCCGAGCCCCCUUUGACCCGAAACCCCGUCCUUAUGCACAAGACUAACUUGCUGCCAGACGGCACAACACGGGUACUAUUAGCCAUCCACUCUUGUAACCUUUAACCUAUGAGCUUCUCUCUCCACUUUGGUCUUCAUUUACUCUGGUAACCUGUAGUCCAAAUGCCUGCUUAUUAGUUAAUUACGCCAACGGUUCCUUUGUGCAUUAGCAUCCGUUCUGGACUCUGGGAUAGUCGCUAAAUCCAACAAAGCCAUUUAAAGAUGCUCUGAGAGCGUUUGCGCCGCAACUACACGUUACCAGGAUGACGUUUCCUUCUUGUUUUGGUUUUAUAGCCCAGUUCCCCUGUGUUCCUCAGGCUGGAGAGGUCUGACAUCUUUAGGAUGUGUGAAUGCAUCAGCUGGGCCCCGUCCCUCGUCUCAUCAAACCUCGCGUCUAGACCCGGAGGCUCAUGGGAGCUCAUUUGGCAGCCUUUAAAUUGGCCACUGCUGAAACGGAUCGAGUCGCAGGAACUCUGGGAGUUGUAUUUUUCCAGGUCUCAGACGUCCCGUGCGAGUAAUUAAAGCCAUGAGGGCAAACGAGACGCCCUCUUUCCAUUAGCAGCCCCUCCGUUGUUUUAGUCUCCAUUUAUAGUUGUUUUUCUCACAAUCCCUGACCUCUCCAAGCCUUUUUCUGUGUCUUUCCCACUUGACCUGAUUUUCCGUAUCUUUGUUCCUUCCUUCUCUCUCUCUCUCUCUCUAUCUAUCCUCUCUUUUGUCUUCUAAGUAAACAGCUCCGAUUGGUUCAGCUGAAAGCUGCAGACAUUGAAACCUUACGCCAUCUGGAGACUUAAAGACAGCAAAAUUAACUCCAUCCUAGUCUGUUUGGCUUUUUUUCUCUGUGGUUUCUCUUUAUCGCUGGCACAGUAGUAGUGAAGUCCCUCUUUUUCUCGGGAUUCUUUGUCGUCUGUGUGCUGUGAGUGACGUGACGUAUAUCCAACCGAAAUAUCAUAAAAAACACUAACCACCAGGAUGGAAAAAGAAAACGAC